AGCGGACUACAAAUAACUACUUAAAGUCUUGAAUUCCGUUAAAUGAUUCGCACUCAAAAUACAGAUUCACAUCACUUUAUUCUUAUAAUUUAGCAUCAUAGUUGCCGACAUCCCCAAGUUAACUUGUCAAAGUUCACGUGUCAACCCCUAUCCAACACAAUGGCAUCCCUAAGACCCAUUUCCGAACUUGCAAUAAUCAUUGAACGCAACACACGAAUAAUCGAGGAUGGGUUGAAAGGAUCACCUGGAGCUCAGUUCUCCCUUGCGUUGGGAGCUCCACCACAAAUUGAGCUACCUCAUUCUUUGGAAACCACUCGUGGUGAGCUGCUUGAAACUCUGGACGAGUUACGUUCCCGUGUAUUAGGCCCAUUGGGCUAUCUUUUCGCACAAGUGUUUCCCACUCCCGCUUUGGUAGCUAUUUUCCAAACACUGUAUACAUUUGACAUCGCCUCUCACGUGCCCCUUUCGCCGGGAGAUGAGAUCUCGUACACGGAUCUUGCAAAGAGUUGUAGUCUCCCGGAAGACGAGAUAUGCCGCAUAGUCCAGGGUGCCAUCGCUUUCCGCAUCUUUGAGGAAGUCACCCCGGACGUGUCUAUCAGACACAACGCCAUCUCCGCUGCGUUUACCGUCCCCCAGAUGAAGGACUUGCUGGGUUUAUUCGUAGGCGAGCAAUUGACGGGCUGCUUUAAGAUCGUCGAAAGUCUCCAGCGAUAUCCAGGGACAGGGGAGCCAGGACAUUCCGCUUCGGUGCUUGCCUUCAGAGAGGCUAAAGCAAUCGAAGAGAGUGGAAUCAAUAAGGAGAUUGCUGAUCCAAGCAAGAAUCUCUUCGACUAUCUGGCCGAAGAUGAGACGCGAGUGGCCCGCUUCCGUUCAGCUAUGGGAAUUUCAACAAAGUCCCUAGCUUUCAGGUCAUCAUACUUUGUUGACAGUUUGCCAUGGGCAGACAAGGACCAGUGUCCGGAGACAAUCGUCGAUAUUGGAGGAUCCGGUGGUGACCUGUGUCAUCAAGUACUUCGGACCUACCCUCACGUUAAGAAAGCCGUUGUACUGGAUCUCCCAGAAGUCAUCGCCGAUGUCAAGGUUCCCGGAGAUCUAGAAAACAGGUUAGAGUUUGCGGGCUAUAACUUCCUCACGCAGGAAGUUACGCACCAGGCAGACGCGUACCUCUUCCGCCACAUCUUCCAUGAUUGGAGCGACAAAUAUGGCGCCAAGAUUCUGAAGAACCUAGUACCAGCCCUCAGAAAAGGAACGAAGAUUUGGAUCUGCGAACUAGUUCUCCCUCCUCUGAGCGACAGGAACCAUACAAGAGAUCAAACGCAAAGGACCGCGGAUAUCUUCAUGAUGUCCGGAUUUAACAGUAAGGAGAGGAGCAGGAGUGGGUGGGAGGCUCUCUUGGCUGCGGCGGAUGAGAGACUCCGCAUUGCCAACAUUAUGAAGCCUGAUGGUGCCCAUGACUCGACCAUUGAAAUCGUAUUUGACGCUUAGUGUUUAGAGAACAGUGAGUGUAUCUAUGAUUGUAUCAUAAAUUGGAUUAGUACUGAAGCCGUUUCACUUUUCUCACCUCAAUGAAUAAGUUAUAUCAUAUACCGUUGUUCGGUUUGUUUCCCGCCGGGUUCGUCAUACUUAGUAAAGGGCGAGUGUGUUAUUACAUACCUAGGUAGGUUGAAUCCAUGUUUUUAGGGUGAGGUCCCGGUGAUUU